AUGCACAAAACAGCGUCCGUUUUGAUGCUUCUUCAUCCCACCGCCGUUACCGACGAGGCGCUUGUGGAGGCCACGAAGACCAAAAUCGCUUCGAAGUUCCCCUCUGCGACGAUCACACAACACAUUAUCGAUAGGUUUGCUAUUGGCGCCGUGGACGUUGCCCCAGGCUCUUUUGACCACAUCGUCUACGUGAACCCAAACGAGAAUCACCUUUCGAUUGCUCCUGUGCUCAUUCUGAAGCUCUUUGACACGUUAGCGCAUGAGGGACAGUUGCUGGGCGACUUGCCAACGGACCAGGAUCUCGACGUGUUGAUGGCUGGGUUCAUUGUUCUGGAGCCCGGGGUGUGGUUAAAGCCGGCGCCAGCGAAGGCAGAAACUGUAUUGCUAAAGAAGAAGAGUACCAACGGUAACGUGGGCAAAUCGUUGCCAACAUUCAAAAAACCAGCAUUCACAAAAGCCGUACAGUCGCCCUCGGCGAUGACAGACACGUCAGAUACGACAGACGAUGAGGAUCUGGCAAUGAAGCGGAAACUAGAGAGCUCGAAAUUGGCAUACUUCAGCGAGGAGUCUGCAGACGAAGAAGACGGUGACAACGACGACGACUUGAUCGACGAAAACGACUUGCUUGGACAGGAAUCGCUGUACCUAGAUCGUGUAAACAUCGUGGUGCCCAAGAAGUGCGAGUUGCCCAACGGUAAAAAGAGAAGAAAGGCGUGCAAGGAUUGCACGUGUGGGCUCAAGGAGCUCGAAGAGGCCGAGACUGACGACACAAGGAAACUUCAGGACUCGAUCUUGGGCAAAAUGGCCCAGCUGGCCACUGCAGAGGCCAUUAAGAUAGAGGAGCGUCUCAAGAAGAGCCAGGUCAAGUUCACCGAAGAGGAUUUGACAGAGAUAGACUUCACCGUCGAAGGUAAGACCGGCGGGUGUGGAUCGUGCGCCCUUGGCGACGCCUUCCGCUGCGAUGGAUGCCCGUACCUUGGGCUUCCACCUUUCAAGCCAGGAGAGGCCAUCACCAUCGACAGCUUCGGCGAGGAUAUCUAG